CGCCGCAACCAGCCCAACAACAGGAAAUGGCACGUCCGACGUACGGUCAUCUGCCUCCUCCGUUGAACCAGCAGCAGCCGCAGCAGCAACAUUAUCAACAGCCUCCGAUGCAGCAACAACAACAACCACCUCCAAUGCAACAACAACAACCCCCUCCAAUGCAACAACAACAACAACCCCCUCCAAUGCAUCAACCGGCUGCCCCAGCACCAACGACGACGGCUACGACAAACGGUGGUCAACCUCCACUACAAACCCUCAACCAACAGGGUCCACCGGGAGUGGGAAAAGUUCCAUCCACUGUCCUUCCCGCAUCGGUUCCUUACGGGCAAGCACCAUCGAGCAAGCGGCCAAUGUAUCCAUCUAUGGCCAAGGCAGCCUCCCAGUUGUCCCUCGGUCAACCUCAAUCUCAGAUGAACGCGAAUUACGGUGCAAUGGGGCCGCAAAAUCCUCAACCGCCUGGGCCAAUGCAGCUACAACAGCAGCAACAAUUCUUCCAACAGCAGCAGCAGCAACAGCAGCAAUAUCAGCAACAUCAGCAACAACAGCUACAUCAUCUGCAACAGCAACAGAUACAGCAGCAGCAACUGCAGCAGCAAGCUGCCUAUGCACCACCACCCGUCGGCUAUCCCGCCGAUCCCAGCGGUAACGUCGUGCGGUCAGGGUUCAAUCGGAUGUGGGGCAACAAUACGGUCGAUUUGCUACAAAACCGACACGUCCUGCCGACGGAUCGCGUCCGUCCACCAACGAUACAUUUGGUAAACCCCAACCAGGAAGCGGCCAAUUGUAAUCCAGACAUAUUCCGUUGUACGCUGACGAAGAUACCUGAUUCGUCAUCAUUGCUCCAGAAAUCGCGUCUACCGUUGGGCAUUCUUAUUCAUCCUUUUCGAGAUUUGAAUAAUCUUCCCGUUAUUUCCUGCAACACGAUCGUACGCUGUCGAACGUGCCGGACGUACAUCAAUCCGUUCGUGUUUUUCACCCAGGAGAGUAAAAAAUGGAAAUGUAACCUGUGCUACCGGGUGAAUGAAUUGCCUGACGAGUUCCAGUACGAUCCACUAACCAAAACCUAUGGCGAUCCGAGCAGACGGCCUGAAGUGAAAUCAAGCACCAUUGAGUUUAUCGCUCCGUCUGAAUACAUGCUUCGUCCACCGCAACCGGCCGUUUAUUUGUUCCUACUAGACGUAUCGUCGCUUGCGCAGCAGUCAGGUUAUCUGAACACGGUGUGCAACACGCUCCUGGAGCAUCUGGAAAACCUUCCGGGCGAUGCGCGCACCCAAGUCGGUUUCAUUGCCUACAACAGUGCAAUUCAUUUCUACAACAUCGCCGAAGGAUACAACCAGCCGCACGAGGUGACGGUUCUGGAUGUGGAAGAUGUUUUUUUGCCGUACCCGGACAAUCUGCUUGUUAAUCUGAAGGAGUGCAAAGAGUUAAUCAAGGAACUGCUGAAACAACUACCUAAACGGUUCGAACACACGCACGACACGCACAGUGCAUUGGGGGCAGCCUUGCAAGUAGCGUUGAAGCUUAUGACUCCGUCAGGUGGACGUGUAACGGUGUUCCAAACAUGCCUACCCAACCUCGGUCCGGGAGCAUUACAGUCCAGGGAAGAUCCCAACAACCGAUCGUCCAAGGAGGUGGCCCAUUUAGGCCCGGCUACCGAUUUCUAUAAACGACUCGCUCUAGAAUGUUCUGGCCACCAGAUUGCAGUGGAUUUGUUUUUACUAAAUAGCCAAUACUGUGAUUUAGCUACAAUUUCUGGAAUUAGCAAAUUCAGCGGUGGUUGCAUGCAUCAUAUUCCGCUGUACAAUGAAUCUAAACCUCAGCUGGUGAAAACACUGCGCAAGUCCCUCGAUCGGUAUCUGACGCGCAAGAUCGGUUUCGAAGCGGUGAUGCGAGUGCGCUGUACGCGCGGCCUAGCGAUUCAUACAUUCCACGGUAAUUUCUUCGUCCGUUCGACGGAUCUACUGUCAUUACCGAACGUUAAUCCAGACGCGGGCUUCGGCAUGCAGAUAACGUACGAAGAAAGUCUGGCAGAGUUGAAAUCGGUGUGCUUCCAGGCGGCACUUCUCUACACGAGCAGUAAAGCCGAGCGGCGCAUUCGUGUGCAUACGCUCUGCAUUCCGGUCACGGCUAGCCUGACGGAGGUGAUGUACUCCGCCGAUGUGCAGUGUAUAGUCGGGCUUCUAUCGAAGAUGGCCGUAGACCGUUCGCUCAGUUCCAGCCUCAACGAUGCCAGAGAUGCCUUUAUCAAUGCGACCGUCGACAUUUUCAGUGCGUUCAAGAUUGCGCAGAAUCUGCCCCAGAACUCAGGUACCAUCGUGGCGCCCGAGAACCUUGCCCUGCUGCCGCUCUACAUACAGGCCAUCUUGAAGCAUCCGGCAUUCCGCACCGGAACAAGCACUCGACUGGACGAUCGGGUGUUUGCCAUGUGUGAAAUGAAGACGCUUCCAUUAGAUCAGCUGAUGCGGUAUAUCUAUCCGGAUUUCUACGUGCUAGACUGUUUGUUCGCUCCGGCUGGGAAGGGAUACGUCGACGAAGGACAGCGACCUGAGCCACCGCGGUUACAGUUGUCGGCGGAAAAGUUGGACUCCCGAUCAAUGUUUUUACUCGAUUGCGGUGCGCAUAUGUUCAUUUACAUCGGUUCCAACGUCGCGUCCAGCAUUGUUCGUGAUAUUCUGGGAUACAAUUCAGUUGCCGAGAUACCCGAUUUUUGCAUAGAUUUACCUUGCCGGGAGACGGAAGCGAGUACGGCACUGAUCAACUUCCUGGAUGCUUUGAAUGAAGAAAAACCAUAUUCGGCGUAUGUGCAAGUAAUUCGCGAUACCAGCCAAUUCCGGUCAAUGCUGGUAGAAAAGUUCGUCGAUGACCGAAGCCCCAAUGUGCUUUCGUAUUAUGAGUUUCUACAGCAUUUACGGACGCAGAUAAAAUAGUUGCCAGAAUUCGCUGUGACCGGUUUUACUAGCAGUGAUGGUCGAUGGUUGGGACGGAAUGGUGGUUAGCCGGUUUUGUUAUUGGUUUUGUUCUUUGGUAUUCUUUAAAAAACAACCACACAUCCUAGCUAAUUUUUAUAAACCUUGAACGCUCUCGGAGCUGCUCUCAAACUGGGUGAAUAAAUGGAACAUUGCCGUGCAUGCUAUCAUACAUGCGAGAUGUUCGUUCAUUUAUCAUUACAAAUAUGCUGAAACAUAUUUCAAAUAGUUUUUAAAAUUUAUACUCUCAAACCAGAAGCAGCAAAAGUAGUGGGGAAAGGAACAAAAUAAUAGAAAACGAUCUAGCUUAACGUAUGAAUUUUACAGUUGUACAUGAUCGAUUGGAAGUGGCAAUGCAAUCACUGGCUUAUAAAAGUUGAUUCACAAUGCAGUCUACAAUCGUGGAGCAGUAGUAAGAGGUUGAUCCAUUGAUUAAGGAGCGUGUUUAUGUAACAAAACUUUAAACUGCAACGGUCGGUAAUAUUCGUAAUGUUACAGAUGUGUAUGAUGUCGUUCUAAAGUUCGCUAGCGAUAGGGAUGAAAGGGAAGCCUCCGUUGCAGAAAAUUCAAGUGCAUAUAAUGAAAAUUCAAUAAAAUAGUCUUAAUUUAGGAACAACAAAUCAUCGAUGAAACGAAAGAUACAUGCGAACCAAAAAGUCAUAUGAUAGUAACGCUGUGCAGAUGUAUUAGCCGAAACACAUGUGCACACGUGCGCGCACAUACAGACAUACACCCACACACAACGUACAUACAAAAACUUAUGAGUAGAUGAUAUGGAACAAUCCACAUGGAUUUAUUUGAGGACGGUAGGCUACAGGGUGAUGAGUAAACAUUUAUUACGUAUAGAUAAAUAAAAUGUUUAUGAAUACUAGUAAAUUUUCUUCGAAUUGAGACCUCAUUCUCAUAGACGGGAGCCUAAAGAUAGAAAUCAAUUACACUAGGGGAAUGUGACGAAGCAAACACAGCAUCGGUAGAGGCACGUUGUAGAUCGUUUGAAGAAAGUAAUACACAACAUAACUCCAGCACAUCGCCUCGAAUGGUUCGCAUUAUAUUAGCAAUCGCGCGUUGUUACGUAGUAACGGACAGCGGUCCGUUAUGACAGGAUAUAAUACACAUUCAUAGCUAGACAUACCGGUGGAAAAUGGUUUGGGAAAUACUCUUACAAUAGUGUACGUUCGGGGCUAAAGUUAACAAUUGACGCUGUAGAUGGCUGGUGACGACUGACCGUUCGCGACUUGUACUGGAACAGUGGAGUUAGUUGUUAAUUGCACAUCAUGGAUGCCGAAGUUUUGUUUCCUUUUUUAAUGGUUGAUUGCUUUAGGGUAGGUCACGUUUUUGUUUUGCAAACGACAGCUAUAGUGAACGGUUAGAGUUAGAACGCUUUGCGAAAUUGGGUACAGGAGCCAGGAAAAAAACACACACACUUACCCAUACACACACGUUUGAUACAUCCGCAUAUUGUUUAUUUAGACAGUUCCAGGAUUCUGUUGAUGGUCGAAACGCUUUCAGUAUAUUUGUUAAGUAAACUUUGUGUGGCUGUGUGUGUUUCAUUGUUCUCCUAAUAGAAGUUUUCUUUAGUUGAUCAGGUUACGAAUGACGAAAAACUUGUACCGUUUGCAUGAGAAUCCCGGGCCGUUAGUGGUGUCUUGUUUGUUUGGCAGGCUCGACUAAGGUUAAGGUGGCAUAGUUCGACUAGGCCCACCCGAAUGAAUGUAAUUUAAGGGGUAUCUCAAGUAUUGGUGUAUUGUA